UCUUUUCUUUCUUUGUUUUAUUCUUAUUAUUUUAUAUUAAACAUCUUAAAUAUGCCUGCUUUCACUAUUGCCAUUCCUGAAACUCCUUCUCCUAACUAUGUACUUGUCAAGAAUAUCUCUCUUGAAUCCUCUGAAAAAACUGUUAGAGAAUUCUUUUUGUUCUGUGGCAAAAUCAAGGAAUUUGAAUUGAUCAAGGAUGACGAUGAAGCUCAUCAAGUAGCUCUAGUCAAUUUUGAACGUGAAUCUGCUGCCAAGACUGCUUCUCUUCUUAGUACUGCUUUGAUUGAUAAUGAACAUAUUUCUGUGACUCCAUACUUUGAAUCUGCUUUCCCUGCUGAAACUGAAAAGGAAGUAGAUGCUCCUGAAGCUUCUCAAGAAGCCAAACCUAAAGCUCGUAUUGCUGCUGAAAUCCUUGCCAAUGGUUAUAUGCUUCAAGAUCAAAUUGUUUCCAAAGGUUUGGAAUACGAUGGAAAAUAUAAUGUCACCUCUCGUCUUACUGGUUAUUUGAACUAUUUCCAAAACAAUGUCAAGCAAUUUGAUGAAAAGUAUCGUAUUUGGGACAAGGCUGCUGAAAUUGAUCAAAAGUACAAGAUUCAAGAAAAGGUCCAAAAUGCUGCUCAAACUGCUCAAACUCAAUUACAAGGUGCUUUACAAACACCUACUGGACAAAAAGUAAAUGACUUUGCCAAUCAAACCUUUAAUCAAAUCGCUGCUGUUCACUAUGAAGCCAAAAAGAUCCAAUUGGACAAGGCUGAAAAGGCUGCUGAAAAUUCCCCUGCUGCUGCUACUACUGCUACUACUGAAAAGGCUUCUGUUGCUGCCGCUUAAAGAAAAAAAAAUGUUGGGUUCUUAUAUCUAGUUUAUUGUAAGGAUUAUACUUGUUACUCUUAUUUUUCUUCUUCUUCUUCUUUUGUUUGCCACAUGGAUCUCUUCUAGUUGUACUUACUCUUUAUAUCAUAGCUCAUCUAUUCCUUUCUUACUUUAUUCAUUCUUUUUUUUUUAUACCAUAACAGAGGAGAAAAAAAUUAUGCUAAUAAAAAAAGAAAAUUAUUUUUUGUUUUGUAUUAUAA